GAUUUCGAAUAAUUACAUUACUAAAUAUCAUAUUCAAUAUCUCUAUUUUUUUUUUGAAAUUUUUGAAAUACAAGGAAAAAAAUUUUUUUUUCUUACCGAGAAGUAAACUUUAUCAUUGUUAAACCGUGAAUGAUUUUGGAAAAAAGCGCUCUAUCACAUGAAGUAGUGUUACAUAUGAUUAAAAACUAAAACAUUGUACCCUAUGGAUUAAUCAGUAAAAUCGCGUUCAAUUUAGACCAUUUUUUUUUUUAAAAAAAACUUAUAUAAGCUGGCAUUAAAUUUAUGUGUUAAGCUACUUUCGUCAUCUUCUAUUUAUAAAACUUCAUUUAAUCCUCGUUUUUAUUCGUUGCUUUCUAAUAAGAAAAUGUCUGAAUUUACAACUCGCAGGGUUGGUAUUCCAAAUACUUUGGAAUAUCGUCUCUAUAUUGAAAGAAAUGGUCAAGUUAUUUCUCCUUGGCAUGAUAUUCCCUUGUUUGCAAAUGAGAACAAGUCUGUUUUGAAUUUUAUCGUGGAAAUUCCUAGGUGGACAAAUGGCAAAAUGGAGAUUUCCAGAGAGGAACAGAUUAAUCCAAUAAAACAGGACGUGAAAAAAGGCAAACUUCGUUAUGUUCGCAAUUGUUUCCCCCACCAUGGUUAUAUCUGGAAUUAUGGUGCUUUCCCUCAGACAUGGGAAGAUCCUUCACAAACUCAUGCUGAAACAAAAGCGAGAGGGGAUAAUGAUCCGCUUGACGUUUGCGAAAUCGGGGAGCAGGUUGGUUAUACCGGCCAAAUCAAGCAAGUUAAAGUUCUUGGAAUUAUGGCUCUUUUGGAUGAGGGCGAAACUGAUUGGAAAGUUAUCGUUAUCGAUGUCAACGAUCCUUUGGCGAACAAAUUGAAUGACAUUGAAGAUGUUGAGAGACAUUUGCCUGGUCUCAUUCGUGCAACUAAUGAGUGGUUUCGAAUUUACAAAAUCCCAGAUGGAAAACCCGAGAAUCAAUUUGCCUUUAGUGGUGAAGCUAAGAAUAAAAAAUAUGCUACUGAAAUUAUUCAUGAAACGCAUGAAGCCUGGCGUCGUUUACUUUCUGGGCAAAUUCCAAACAAGACUGAUAAAUACGAUAAUAACAUCACCAAUUUAACAGUUGAAGGAAGUCCGGGUCAAACAACAGUAAAUGAUCCUUUUUUUAAGACUAUCCCUCAUGAUUCAAGACAACCACCUGCCCCGAUCGAUCCUUCAAUUGACAAAUGGUUCUUUAUCUCCGGAACUUCCAAUUUAUAAUACUAUAUUUCUUUACCUUUAGUUAAAAUAAUUUAUUAGAAAUUUUUAAUUAAUAACCUUUAUAAUAUGUCAAUUGGAAAAGUCAAUCUUCUUAAAGAAAUAAUUUCAAAUAAGAUUUAAAAAUUAAAAAACUUAUCUUACACUUU